UCAAUCGUUUCAUUCAUUCAUUCAUUUUUUUCAGUCAAAGCAAGUGGUUCGUUCGCGCGGCGGUUUUUUACUUUAUAGUGUCGCAUCGCAAACGUCGCGCUAUGAUUCUGGAGCCGGAGAAUCCGACGAGAGUCGCGAACGCUUACGCCUCGGCCCGCGCUUCCCAUAUCCGCUGGCGGAAUACGUGUUACAGCGCCCCAAAUGAUCAUAAGCACCAGUGCAGUGGUGUUGUUGCUGCCAAGCGUCGCUGCGGCUCUCGCGUCGUCAGCCGCAAUCACUUCUUCAAGCACAGUCGCGCCUUUCUGUGGCUGCUGGUCUGCAAUAUGAUGGUCAUGGACCAGGUGCGGUCCCAGCUGCUCAUCAACGUCCAGAAUCAGGGCGGCGAGGUGAUCCAGGAGAGUAUUACCUCCAACAUUGGCGAGGACCUGAUAACGCUGGAAUUUCAGAAGACUGACGGCACGCUCAUCACCCAGGUCAUUGACUUUCGCAAUGAGGUUCAAAUCCUCAAGGCCUUGGUGCUGGGCGAGGAGGAGCGCGGCCAGAGCCAGUACCAGGUCAUGUGCUUCGCCACCAAGUUCAACAAGGGCGACUUCAUAUCCUCAGCGGCAAUGGCCAAGCUGCGCCAAAAGAAUCCGCAUACCAUCCGCACUCCCGAGGAGGAUAAGGGUCGCGAGACCUACACGAUGAGCAGCUGGGUACAGUUGAACCGAUCCCUGCCCAUCACGCGCCACCUGCAGGGCCUCUGCUCGGAGGCAAUGGACGCUACCUACGUGAGGGACGUGGAUCUAAAGUCAUGGGCAGAUCUGUCAGGCUCAUCGAUUUCCAGCCUGGAGGCCGCCACCGAGAAGUUCCCGGACACGCUCUCGACGCGCUGCAACGAGGUGAGCAGCCUGUGGGCCCCCUGUCUCUGCACCCUGGAGACCUGCAUCGGUUGGUAUCCCUGCGGGCUCAAGUACUGCAAAGGCAAGGGGACCGCUGGAGUGGACUCCUCCGGGGCCCAGCAACAGCAGACGAAUUAUCGCUGCGGCAUCAAGACCUGCCGCAAGUGCACACAGUUCACCUAUUAUGUGCGGCAGAAACAACAGUGCCUCUGGGAUGAAUGACGACGAGGCGAGCUGCAGUUGGCGCAGAUGCAGAUGCGCUGCGCCAGGCGGCGGAAUGGGAGCGAGGAUGUCAUCUGCCCGGGCAUGGGGAUGGGAAUUGCAGGUGAAACAAGAGCAGUGACAGCGAUGGCGACAAUAACUGGAGCAGGAACAGCGGUCGCUGCGAAAGAUACAACGAUGGCAGCAACAACGACGACCAACAAAUUACGCCAACUGCUUUUGUUGGUUCAGCAGCAGAUGCCUUUUGCUCUAUGGAGUUUUCCGGUCCAUCACAUUUCCCAGCCUCAAUCGCAAUCCCACGCCCACACCCACACCCAUUUCCAUUCCCAAUCCCGUUUCCAGCAGCAACAUCACCAGCCACCGCACUCACCCCACCAGCAGGAGCAUCAUCAUCAUCAGCAUCAUUCUCAGGUUGCCUCCACUUUGCGCUACCCAUCAUCGCCAUCAUCGUCCACUACUUCCACAAUGGCCGCCAUCGUUGCGUGAUAAUGAACACUCGGAAUAUCCAACAAGCUCUCCCCAUUCCACGUCCAAAAAAAAUGAGUGUUGACACUUUUUCCGCUCACGAUUCAAGAUUCUGGACGCCGCCGUCAUUUGAAUGCAAGCCACCGGGAGAGGGGCCACAGAGCCGCAGAAAAAAAGGAGUUGAGCGGAAUAUAUAUGUAAAAAUGUGCUUCUGUAUACUAUGUAUAUAUAUGUAUAUUUAACGAUGAUUAGCUUUUAGCCAGCUCAUGUUUUACGCUUAUGCCGGACUUGGUACAGCCUUAGGUUAGUUUUCCUAAUUCAAUUUGACCCCAAAUGAGCUCUUUGAAAUAAAAGUUAAGCAAGCAUUUUGAUAUUUUUUACAUUUUUCGCAUACAUCCUACUAAUUAUAUUAACCUUAUUCAACACAAUUACUUUGCCUCUUUACUUAGAUAUAUUACAGAUAUAUUUUCCACCUAACUAAUACUCUUCGUGACUUGCCUCACUAUUCGCCAAAGUCUUUAGGAAUUGCUAACAAUUUUUCCUGUUGAGCUGUUCCCCUUUGCUUUUAUUUACCUUUCGUAUUCCAAUUUCAAUUUGUUCACUUAGCCUGUCCGUUCUGUUCACACUUUUUCCAUCCACAUUGUUUGCAGCUAUUUCGUUUCAAUUACCCUUUUACAGCGUCUUAUAUAUCCUCUGUUUGCCUUUUGCCUCACUUCACUUUACCUUAACUGAAGCCUGAUUAGAUGUACUAAACCCAUUUCACGUUCCACGCUUUCCUUCCACUCAUAUUCCGUUGAGCUCAAGAAUAUUAAGUAGGUAUAGAACUAUAAAUAUAUUAAAUGUGGCCUUAGCAUAUUUUAUGAGCGCUAGAAAAACGAAAUUAAUUGAAUAAGCAAGCAGGAAUUUGUCAGGCAGAGGCAGAAGCAGACACACAAGUCGUAAUUAAUUGUGCUCAUAAUAGUUGUAACAGAGAAAUCACAAAAAAUAUGAUACAUUGCCAUAUAUAGAGGAUAGUGAAUGUGGGGAACUCAACUAACCAAAACGACUGCCGCAAUAAAAAGCUUUUUCUAUCUUUUCCACACCACAAAAA